UAUUAUUUGUUUGUGUUUAUACAGAAAUUAUAGGACAUAGAUUCAUAGGCACUAUAAUAUAGUAGUUAGAACAGUGUAUGCUUAAAAGUUAUGUUUUAUUUAUUCAACUUCAUUGCUCAUUUCGUUUAUUCGUAAGAUGGAAACGGAAUUGUUAUUAAUUUUUCGGAUGAAAACCUAAAAGUGUAAAUAUUAUCAUCAUGAACAAACUAAUGGGCGUCACUACACGCCCCAAUAAGGUAAAUUACAAUAGUUCCUAAAAAAUAUAUACACAUAUAUUACCUAUUCAUAUAUGACACUUCUAUGGUCUCGAAAAUGAAAAUAUAUUUCAUAUUAUCACUACUACUGGCCGUCGUUAAAUGUGGCCAGUUUGACUUGUUCCUCGACUCUGGCGAUGUCGAAUCGCUUAUGGGCCUGGCAGCUCGCCUGUACUAUGUCCGAAACAACCAGCUCAACGUCAAUGCCAUACAAUAUACCUGCGAAGUGCCAUCGUUUAUCAACACUCUGAACUUGACGUGGAUUUCAAAAAGUACAUUAUUUUAUAAGAUCGUCGUUCAGUCUGAUAGAGAUGUGGUAGUACCCAAGCUGAAUAUACUCACAGAGGGCACAGUGCCGGAUACGUAUUCUACGUUCACUCUGUUGUUGCCAUGCGUUUUAAAAUCUAAAAGUGCCAAUAUAAAGGUAUUGAUUAAAAUAUCUGAAAAUUGGCUAAGUGAUUCCACCGAUAUCAGUCUUACGUUUAAAAAACAUUGUGUCGAUGAACAUCCAAACGAAACAACGACUACAACUGAAAUGGAUGAAACGUUACUGCCGUAUUACGAACAAGCAUUUUUCUAUCAUAUGAUAGCCGGUGCCUCUACGCUAAUAGCGUUUGCCGUUAUUUGUUGUCUAACUUCUGCUUACCAUCGUGACAAUGCGCGAGAUCUAAUGAUAAUAAAAGGCUUUCAAAACAACGAAGUUAACAUGUUUUUAAAAUCUGCUUUAAAUUCUAGUAGCAAGUUUAACCAAAAGUCUUUGCCAGGAUCUAAAACUAACGUGAAAGAUUUACACGAGUGCAUUGUAGAACUCAGUGUUCAACGGCAUCGCGUUAGAUUGCAAAACAUUGAAUUGGAAGGAACUUUUGGACGGGUUUAUAAAGGUUCGUAUACUGAUACCAAUGGGAAGGACGAAGAUAUCUUUGUGAAAACCGUUACCGAUCAAGCCAGUGCUAUACAAAUAUCAGUGCUCUUACACGAAGGACUAAGUAUGUAUGGGCUUAAUCACAAGAAUAUUCUGAUGAUACAAGGAGUGUGCGUUGAGCAACACGUGGAACCGUUUUUAUUGUACCCCAAUAAUUGUAAUAAUAAAAAUUUAAAGAAAUUCUUACAAACAUGUAAAACCACAGAAAAUUUAUCUUGUACGUUGACCACCAGAGAAAUUAUCGACAUGACAUUGCAGAUUAUUAACGGCAUGCAAUAUUUGCAUAAAAACAGACAUCUUCAUAAAGACAUCGCCGCCAGAAAUUGCCUAGUUAAUCAAGAACUCAAGAUACUGAUUGCAGACAACGCUCUUUCUCGAGACUUGUUUCCUGGUGACUACCAUUGUCUGGGUGACAACAAGAACAGGCCGAUUAAAUGGAUGUCCAUCGAAAGUCUGGAGCACAAGAAAUUUAGCACCGCGUCGGACAUUUGGUCUUUUGGUGUUUUGCUUUGGGAACUCUUGACACUGUGCCAACAACCUUAUGCAGACAUUGAUCCAUUUGAAAUGUCAGCUUAUCUGCAAGACGGUUUUAGACUUAAUCAGCCGGUCAACUGCCCGGACGAAUUGUUCACUGUGAUGGCAUGUUGCUGGGCAUUGGCUCCAAAUGAAAGGCCCACAUUCUCUCAGCUAUUUGUAUUCAUGAAUGAAUUUAACAACCAACUUGUUAAAUUUGUAUAAAAUUUUGUAUUUACUCAACUUAGGUUUUGUAUUUCAGUUGUGAUAAUUAUUUUUAAUUUAUUAUUUGCUCAUAUUUGAGUUAACAUGUAUAUUAUAUAUAUAAAAUAUAUUUGUACAAUGCUUUUUUAUAUUGUAAUAUUAAACAAAUUGUUUAAUUGUGAAA